AUGCAUAUGUUUGCAUCACAACAACCCCGCCCCAUUCUUCCGCUUUUCAUCACCCCGCCCCAUUCUCCCGCUUUCCAUCACCCCGCCCCAUUCUCCCGCUUUCCAUCACCCCGCCCCAUUCUCCCGCUUUCCAUCACCCCGCCCCAUUCUCCCGCUUUCCAUCACUUCGCCCCAUUCUCCCGCUUUCCAUCACCCCGCCCUAUUCUCAAGCUUUCCAUCACCCCGCCCCAUUCUCCCGCUUUCCAUCACCCCGCCCCAUUCUCCCGCUUUCCAUCACCCCGCCCCAUUCUCACGCUUUCCAUCACCCCGCACCAUUCUCCCGCUUUCCAUCACCCCGCCCCAUUCUCCCGCUUUCCAUCACCCCGCCCCAUUCUCCCGCUUUCCAUCACCCCGCCCCAUUCUCCCUCUUUCCAUCACCCCGCCCCAUUCUCCCGCUUUCCAUCACCCCGCCCCAUUCUCCCGCUUUCCAUCACCCCACCGCAUUCUCCCGUUUUCCAUCACCCCGCCCCAUUCUCCCGCUUUCCAUCACCCCGCCCCAUUCUCCCGCUUUCCAUCACCCCACCCCAUUCUCCCGUUUUCCAUCACCCCGCCCCAUUCUCCCGCUUUCCAUCACCCCGCCCCAUUCUCCCUCUUUUCAUCACCCCGCCCCAUUCUCCCUCUUUCCAUCACCCCACCCCAUCCUCCCUCUUUCCAUCGCCCCGCCCCAUUCUUCCACUUUUCAUCACCCCGUCCCAUUCUCCCGCUUUCCAUCACCCCGCCCCAUUCCCCCUCUUUCCAUCAGCCUGCCCCAUUCUCCCGCUCUCCAUCACCCCGCCCUAUUCUCCCUAUUUCUAUCACCCUGCCCCAUUCUCCCGCUUUCCAUCACCCCGCUUUCCAUCACCCCGCCCCAUUCUCCCGCUUUCCAUCACCCCGCCCCAUUCUCCCUCUUUCCAUCACCCCGCCCCAUUCUCCCUCUUUCCAUCACCUCGCCCUAUUCUCCCUCUUCCCAUCACCCCGCCCCAUUCUCCCGCUUUCCAUUACCCCGCCCCAUUCUCCCGCUUUCCAUCACCCCGCCCCAUUCUCCCUCUUUCAUCACCCCUGCCCCAUUCUCACGCUUUCCAUCAUCCCGCCCCAUUCUCCCGCUUUCCAUCACUCCGCCCCAUUCUACCGCUUUCCAUCACCCCGCCCUAUUCUCAAGCUUUCCAUCACCCCGCCCCAUUCUCCCGCUUUCCAUCACCCCGCCCCAUUCUCCCGCUUUCCAUCACCCCGCCCCAUUCUCCCGCUUUCCAUCACCCCGCACCAUUCUCCCGCUUUCCAUCACCCCGCCCCAUUCUCCCGCUUUCCAUCACCCCGCCCCAUUCUCCCGCUUUCCAUCACCCCGCCCCUUUCUCCCUCUUUCCAUCACCCCGCCCCAUUCUCCCGCUUUCCAUCACCCCGCCCCAUUCUUCCGCUUUCCAUCACCCCACCCCAUUCUCCCGUUUUCCAUCACCCCGCCCCAUUCUCCCGCUUUCCAUCACCCCGCCCCAUUCUCCCGCUUUCCAUGACCCCACCCCAUUCUCCCGUUUUCCAUCACCCCGCCCCAUUCUCCCGCUUUCCAUCACCCCGCCCCAUUCUCCCUCUUUUCAUCACCCCGCCCCAUUCUCCCUCUUUCCAUCACCCCACCCCAUCCUCCCUCUUUCCAUCGCCCCGCCCCAUUCUUCCACUUUUCAUCACCCCGUCCCAUUCUCCCGCUUUCCAUCACCCCGCCCCAUUCCCCCUCUUUCCAUCAGCCUGCCCCAUUCUCCCGCUCUCCAUCACCCCGCCCUAUUCUCCCUAUUUCUAUCACCCUGCCCCAUUCUCCCACUUUCCAUCACCCCACUUUCCAUCACCCCGCCCCAUUCUCCCGCUUUCCAUCACCCCGCCCCAUUCUCCCUCUUUCCAUCACCCCGCCCCAUUCUCCCGCUUUCCAUCACCCUGCCCCAUUCACCCGCUUUCCAUCACCCGCCCCAUUCUCCCUCUUUCCAUCACCUCGCCCUAUUCUCCCUCUUCCCAUCACCCCGCCCCAUUCUCCCGCUUUCCAUUACCCCGCCCCAUUCUCCCGCUUUCCAUCACCCCGCCCCAUUCUCCCUCUUUCCAUCACCCCUGCCCCAUUCUCACGCUUUCCAUCAUCCCGCCCCAUUCUCCCGCUUUCCAUCACCCCGCCCCUUUCUUCCUCUUUCCAUCACCCCGCCCCAUUCUCCCGCUUUCCAUCUCCCCAACCCAUUCUCCCGCUUUCCAUCACCCCGCCCCAUUCUCCCGCUUUCCAUCACCCCGCCCCAUUCUCCCGCUUUCCAUCACCCCGCCCCAUUCUUCCGCUUUCCAUCACCCCAGCCCAUUCUCCCUCUUUCCAUCUCCCCGCCCCAUUCUCCCUCUCUCCAUCACCCCGCCCCAUUCUCCCACUUUCCAUCAUCCCGCCCCAUUCUCCCGCUUUCAAUCACCCCGCCCCAUUCUUCCGCUUUCCAUCACCCCGCCCCAUUCUCCCUCUUUCCAUCACCCCGCCCAAUUCUCCCGCUUUCCAUCACCCCGCCCCAUUCUCCCGCUUUCGAUCACCCCACCCCAUUCUCCCGUUUUCCAUCACCCCGCCCCAUUCUCCCGCUUUCCAUCACCCCGCCCCAUUCUCCCUCUUUUCAUCACCCCGCCCCAUUCUCCCUCUUUCCAUCACCCCACCCCAUCCUCCCUCUUUCCAUCGCCCCGCCCCAUUCUUCCACUUUUCAUCACCCCGUCCCAUUCUCCCGCUUUCCAUCACCCCGCCCCAUUCCCCCUCUUUCCAUCAGCCUGCCCCAUUCUCCCGCUCUCCAUCACCCCGCCCUAUUCUCCCUAUUUCUAUCACCCUGCCCCAUUCUCCCGCUUUCCAUCACCCCGCUUUCCAUCACCCCGCCCCAUUCUCCCGCUUUCCAUCACCCCGCUUUCCAUCAUCCCGCCCCAUUCUCCCGCUUUCAAUCACCCCGCCCCAUUCUUCCGCUUUCCAUCACCCCGCCCCAUUCUCCCUCUUUCCAUCACCCCGCCCAAUUCUCCCGCUUUCCAUCACCCCGCCCCAUUCUCCCGCUUUCGAUCACCCCACCCCAUUCUCCCGUUUUCCAUCACCCCGCCCCAUUCUCCCGCUUUCCAUCACCCCGCCCCAUUCUCCCUCUUUUCAUCACCCCGCCCCAUUCUCCCUCUUUCCAUCACCCCACCCCAUCCUCCCUCUUUCCAUCGCCCCGCCCCAUUCUUCCACUUUUCAUCACCCCGUCCCAUUCUCCCGCUUUCCAUCACCCCGCCCCAUUCCCCCUCUUUCCAUCAGCCUGCCCCAUUCUCCCGCUCUCCAUCACCCCGCCCUAUUCUCCCUAUUUCUAUCACCCUGCCCCAUUCUCCCGCUUUCCAUCACCCCGCUUUCUAUCACCCCGCCCCAUUCUCCCGCUUUCCAUCACCCCGCCCCAUUCUCCCUCUUUCCAUCACCCCGCCCCAUUCUCCCGCUUUCCAUCACCCUGCCCCAUUCACCCGCUUUCCAUCACCCGCCCCAUUCUCCCUCUUUCCAUCACCUCGCCCUAUUCUCCCUCUUCCCAUCACCCCGCCCCAUUCUCCCGCUUUCCAUUACCCCGCCCCAUUCUCCCGCUUUCCAUCACCCCGCCCCAUUCUCCCUCUUUCCAUCACCCCUGCCCCAUUCUCACGCUUUCCAUCAUCCCGCCCCAUUCUCCCGCUUUCCAUCACCCCGCCCCUUUCUUCCUCUUUCCAUCACCCCGCCCCAUUCUCCCGCUUUCCAUCUCCCCAACCCAUUCUCCCGCUUUCCAUCACCCCGCCCCAUUCUCCCGCUUUCCAUCACCCCGCCCCAUUCUCCCGCUUUCCAUCACCCCGCCCCAUUCUUCCGCUUUCCAUCACCCCGCCCCAUUCUCCCUCUUUCCAUCUCCCCGCCCCAUUCUCCCUCUCUCCAUCACCCCGCCCCAUUCUCCCACUUUCCAUCAUCCCGCCCCAUUCUCCCGCUUUCAAUCACCCCGCCCCAUUCUUCCGCUUUCCAUCACCCCGCCCCAUUCUCCCUCUUUCCAUCAGCCCGCCCCAUUCUCCCUCUUUCCAUCACCCCGCCCCAUUCUCCCCCUUUCCAUCACCCCGCCCCAUUCUCCCGCUAUUUCAUCACCCCGCCCCAUUCUCCCUCUUUCCAUAACCGCGCCCUAUUCUCCCUCUUUCCAUCACCCCGCAACAUUCUCCCUCUUUCCAUCACCCCACCCCAUUCUCCCGCUUUCCAUCACCCCGCCCCAUUCUCUUGCUUUCCAUCAACCCGCCUCAUUCUCCCGCUUUCCAUCACCCCACCCUAUUCUCCCGCUUUCCAUCACCCCGCCCCAUUCUCCCGCUUUCCAUCACCCCCCCCUAUUCUCCCUCUUUCCAUCACCCUGCCCCAUUCUCCCGCUUUCCAUCACCCAGCCCCAUUCUCCUUCUUUCCAUCACCCCACCCAAUUGUCCCGCUUUCCAUCACCCCGCCCCAUUCUCCCUCUUUCCAUCACCCCGCCCCAUUCUCCCGCUCUCCACCACCCCGCUCCAUUCUCCUGCUUUCCAUCACCCCGCCCAAUUCUCCCUCUUUCCAUCACCCCUCCCCAUUCUCCCUCUUUCCAUCACCCCGCCACAUUCUCCCGCUUUCCAUCACCCCGCCUCAUUAUCCCUCUUUCCAUCACCCCGCCCCAUUCUCCCGCUUUCCAUCACACCGCCCCAUUCUCCCUCUAUCCACCACCCCGCCCUAUUCUCCCUCUUUCCAUCACCCCGCCCCAUUCUCCCGCCUUCCAUCACCCCGCCCCAUUCUCCCGCUUUCCAUCACCCCUCCCCAUUCUCCCGCUUUCCAUCACCCCGCCCCAUUCUCCCGCUUUCCAUCACCCCGCCCCAUUCUCGCUCUUUCCAUCACCCCGACCUAUUCUCCCUCUUUCCAUCACCCCGCCCCAUUCUCCCGCUUUCCAUCACCCCGCCCCAUUCUCCCGCUUUCCAUCACCCCGCCCCAUUCUCCCGCUUUCCAUCACCCUGCCCCAUUCACCCGCUUUCCAUCACCCGCCCCAUUCUCCCGCUUUCCAUCACCCCGCCCCAUUCUCCCGCUUUCCAUCACCCCGCUCUAUUCUCCCGCCUUCCAUCACCCCGCCCCAUUCUCCCGCUUUCCAUCACCCCGACCCAUUCUCCCGCGUUCCAUCACUCCGCCCCAUUCUCCCUCCUUCCAUCACCCCGACCCAUUCUCCCACUUUCCAUCACCCCGCCCCAUUCUCCCUCCUUCCAUCACCCCGCCUCAUUCUCCCUCCUUCCAUCACCCCGCCCCAUUCUCCCGCUUUCCAUCACCCCGCCCCAUUCUCCCGCUUUCCAUCACCCAGCCCCAUUCUCCUGCUUUCCAUCACCCCGCCCCAUUUUCCCGCUUUCCAUCACCCCGCCCCAUUCUCCCGCUUUCCAUCACCCCGCCCCAUUCUCCCUCGGGAUGAUGCGAAGCAGGAGAAUGGGGCGGGGAGGGAGAAUGGGGCGGGUGAUGGAAGGAGGGAGAAUGGGGCGGGGUUAUGGAAAGCGGGAGAAUGGGGCGGGGUGAUGGAAAGCGUGAGAAUGGGGCGGGGUGAUAGCAAGAGUGAAAAUAAGGCGGGGUGA